GAUUUUAUAAAGUAUGUGCAGUUGUUAUAAAUGGUAAACAUGAGUUUCAGGAUUUGGGCAACUGCCUUUCUUAGUAUGGGUGUCGUUUCUGAAGUUGUUUACAUGCUAUACGUAGGGUGCAAAUCCCAGGCCUUCAAGGACACUGUAUGGAAUGCUGGCGCUUACUGUUGGCAAGGAAUAGUGAGGGUGUUUCAUAGGAAGCAUCGUAGGCUAUCCAUGCCAGCCAUCGAAUACACCCCACAGCCACAGCAAAGUAAUAACACUCUGCCAAAUGUCUUUCACGAAGUCUACUUCUUCCCUGAACAGCAUGAACCAUGCUCACACUUUUUCUGGGGUAGUAGGGGCUGUACAUACCAGAAUUGUAAAUUCAGCCAUGAAGUUACACCAUUUGUCAAACUUACACGGUACAUGCAGUCGACAAAGAAGAUGAUUGAUGUUUGUGUAUAUACGAUAUCAAGCAAAAUCCUCUUAGGCAUCCUUGUUGAAUUGCAUAAAAAGGGCGUUAUAGUACGUGUUAUUACAGACGAUGAAUCAAUUAACUUGAGCGGCAAUCAUAUGGGAGAUCUUCGCAAACACGGAAUUGAAGUACGCACAGAUCAUUCAAGUUUCCUUAUGCAUCACAAAUUUAUCCUGAUGGAUGGAACUCUGCUUAUCAAUGGUUCUUUGAAUUGGACAAGGCAUGCCAUCUUGGGCAACAAUGAAAAUGUGUUGGCUACGAAUAAUCCAACGAUUAUCCAUGCUUAUAAAGGAGAAUUUGAGAAACUUUGGGAGAUGUUUAAUCCAACGGGUAAUGCAGAACUCAUUACAGAUGAGUUUGGAAAUAAGAGAUAUCGUCAACCAGAUUGCACUGAAAUAAUUGAUUAACUAAACCCAUAUCUGACUUGAAAUUUACUAUAUGCAGUUGCAAUAUUUUCAGUCGGUAAUAACAUUAUUAAUUAAUAUCCAUAUAUAUUCAUAAUUAAACAAUUCUAACUCUCUUCUAUUACUUUAUAUCAUAAUUCUGUGCAUUUUAUAAAGGGGAAAAUAAAUAUAAGUAUCAUGGUGAAUUCAGAAGAGAACACAGAUAUGGAUGAAUCCAGUGUUUAUCCACUGAACCUAGCUCUGUCCAGAUUAUCAAAUUUUCUUUGACAAGAACCUGUUGUAUGCCCAUAUAUAGUCAUGAUGUGAUGUCAUCAUGACUAUAUUUAGGCAUGUCACAUGUUUUUGUCAAAUAUAAUUUGAUAGUCUGGAUAAACAAGGAAAUAAAUGGUUUCAGAUUAUAAUGUACUGUAGGACCUACUGUAUUAUGAAAACAUUAGACAUUUGCAUUUCCAUCGUUAGGUAAUCCUGCAUUAAACAUCUGUUUAAAGAAUAGUAUAAAAGCACAGUUAGUGAACCCUUCCUCUGACAAGUAGGAUUUCUAGGUGGUUCUAAGGCAGUUUGUCAGGCUUUGAUAGCUUCAACAGGAUUUUAGCCCAAUGAUUAUCAUUUUACAGCACCAGUCAAAAUAUGUUGGGUGCUUAUUGCUUAAUUAGCCCUGUAAUUACUAAGAAAGUGUUCUUGAAACACCAACUCCGAUUUCUAAUUGUCUCAUUUGCUUGUGCAUGGGAAACAAUGUGUUUUUUUUUGCCUCUAUUAUGUUACAGGGGAUCACAUUACAGGAUACCUUAUUUAUGUACAGGUAUUCAUUCUAGUGUUGUAUUGAAAUGUUAUUAAAAGAUUUUAUCAUAUAUUUGUAUUUUGAACUAUUCACCAUGUUGUAUUAUGUUCAGGGGAUCGCAUUACAGGAUACCUUAUUUAUGUACAGGUAUUCAUUCUAGUGUUGUAUUGAAAUGUUAAUGCUUAAGAUUUUAUAAUAUAUUUGUAUUUUUGAACUAUGCACCAUGUUUAAACAUAUUUUA